CGACUAAUUUUGUAUAAUUCAUCUUACGAUAAUCAACUAAUAAUCAAAGUGGAUCAUCAUUACUGGCGUAGACCUGUUCUUUUCAAGACUAGGGUCCAUUCAAAUUAUUUAAACAAAACGGAGACCCCAUCAAUAAUUGGUAUAUGCCACAAAUGUGGAGAAGCGGUCCUCAGCGAGGGCACUGGGUGCACCGCCAUGGAUCAAGUUUACCACAUAAGAUGCUUUAGAUGUAGCAUCUGUAAUCGUAUGCUUCAAGGUCUUCCAUUUUAUUCAUUAGACGGAAAACCAUACUGUGAAGAUGAUUAUCUUAACACUUUGGAAAAAUGUUGCGUCUGUAAUCGACCCAUCUUGGAUAGAAUCCUCCGAGCAACUGGUAAACCUUACCAUGCUGAAUGUUUCACUUGUACCGUUUGCGGUAAAGGUUUGGAGGGAAUCCCAUUCACUGUUGACAGUGGGAAUCAGAUACAUUGUAUACAAGAUUUCAACAAAAAGUUCGCUCCUCGCUGUAGCGUUUGUGAUAAACCAAUCAUUCCAGAACCUAAUCAACCAAAUACAGUUCGAGUUGUGGCUCUCGACAGAAAUUUUCAUGUCAGUUGUUACAAGUGUGAGGAUUGUGGUCUCCUCCUAUCGUCUCAAGCUGAAGGAAGAGGCUGUUACCCUUUGGAUGAGCAUAUCCUUUGUCGUAACUGCAACGCCCGAAGAGUGAGACAGUUAACAGCAAGUGUCUGCUAACCAAACAAGAACACACUGUUUCUGGUAAAG